AUGAGCACUGACCAGAAGGCCGGAGCGUUUUGGAAGCGCAUAGUGGAUUACGUCAACGCAAGCCCUGUGCUCAGUGGCGCCGUUCCUAGAGAAUGGAGUCAGUGUAAGCAGAGGUGGGGAAGAAUCAAUGAGCAGGUGUGCAAGUUUGUGGGGUGCUAUGAAGCAGCAGUGAGGGAGCAAGCGAGUGGCCAAAACGAGAAUGAUGUCAUGAAGGCUGCCCAUGACAUCUUCUUCAAUGACCUUGGCAUCAAGUUCACACUUGAACAUUGUUGGAGGGAACUUCGGUUCGAUCAAAAAUGGAAAUCACUCGGUGUUCCCAAAGAAGGUCCCAAAGAGAAAAGUAAGGAAGCUGCAGAGGUGGUGGCUGAGGAGGAAGGUGCGGAGGUUCGGCCUCCUGGUGUCAAGGCUUGCAAAGCAGCCAAACGCAAGAGGCAGGUUGAUAGAUAUACAUUGUUGUUUGGAUUGCUUGCUGUUUUGGUUGCUUGCUGUUGUGGUCACGGGGUGGAGUUCAAGUUGUCUGGCAGGAAGGAAGGGAAUGCACUUGUUUUAUUAUGUUUAGCUUUAUGGUUGUGUCACGGGAAAGUGUAG